GCGACUCACAGUCCGGGCAGCAGCCGUUGAAGGCCAUGCGGCAGAUGCCGCAGUUCUCGUCAUUGGCCACCCACAGCCAGGACGCCACCCCGUUCCAGCUCUUGAUCUUCACCUUCAUGGCGCCGUGCACGGCCGGCUCCCGGGCGCCCGCGGGGCGGAGGAGACGGGCGGUGGCGGCCCCGCCCCGCUCACGUGCUCUCCCCCGCGCGCGCACCGUCCCCGGAAGUGGCGGCCCCAUAAAGCCCCGCGCGGGCGGCCUUCGCCCUCGCCCCGCCCCUUCCGCUUCCGGCGUGGGCGCAGCGCGGCCGGAAGUGCAGGCCCGGAGCGGAGCCGCCAUCAUGGCCGACAAGAUGGACAUGUCCCUGGACGACAUCAUCAAGCUGAACCGCAGCCAGCGCGGGGCCGGGCGCGCCGGCGGCCGCGGGGGCCGGGGCCGGGGCGGCGCGGCCCGCGGGGGGGGCCCCGGCCGGGGCGGCCUGGGGGCCGGGCGGGCCGGCGGCGGCCCCCUGCGGAACCGGCCGCUCAUGGCCCGCGGCGGCGGCAGGAACCGGCCCGCGCCCUACAGCCGGCCCAAGCAGCUCCCCGAGAAGUGGCAGCACGACCUGUUCGACAGCGGCUUCGGCGCGGGCGCGGGCGUGGAGACCGGGGGCAAGCUCCUCGUCUCCAACCUGGACUUUGGCGUCUCGGACGCGGACAUCCAGGAACUCUUUGCAGAGUUUGGGACCUUGAAGAAGGCGGCAGUACAUUAUGACCGGUCUGGACGCAGUUUAGGGACGGCAGAUGUACACUUUGAAAGAAAGGCAGAUGCUCUGAAGGCGAUGAAGCAGUACAAUGGUGUCCCCUUGGAUGGGCGCCCCAUGAACAUCCAACUGGUCACAUCACAGAUAGACACACAGAGGAGACCAAUACAAAGUGUAAACAGAGGUGGCAUGACCAGAACCCGUGGGUCAGGAUUUGGUGGUGGAGGCAGUAACAGGCGAGGUAGCCGUGGUGGGAACAGAGGGAGAGGCAGAGGAACAGGAAGAAGUUCAAAGCAGCAACUCUCUGCAGAAGAAUUAGAUGCACAGUUGGAUGCUUACAAUGCCAGGAUGGACACCAGCUAAAGCAGCGAGCACGUCCCCUGCAUGGAAAGGACUCCAGACAUCUCAUUCCAUGCUCUCCGGAGGGAGGGGUGUACGACUGUGGCUACUACUAUCAAGGACGGAAUUUGUUUUACUUUUAUGUUUUGGAAUAGGUUUUAAACUCAUGUAAAGGUUUUUUUUAAUUCUGAAACAGACCUGUUUUGUACCGAGUUAUUUUUGGGAAAAAUUUUACUGGUUGCCUGUUGGGCGGAGGUGGCUUUUUCACCUUUGCCGUAAUAAAAUAGAAAUGUGUCUA